AUUAUAGGCUCUCAAGAUGAAAUUUAUACAGAAUCUUUAAUUGCUGGAGCUAUGACCAUGGCAUUAUGUUAUAUACAUCGAGCUCAGAAGCAGCAAAUAAUGGACAAAAAAAUUCCUGCUCGAAUUCUAGUUGUGACUGCUUCUGGGGACAGUGCUUCACAAUAUAUGAAUUUUAUGAAUGUUUUUUUCACGUCUCAAAAAGAGGGUGUUCUGAUAGAUGCCUGUGUGAUAGAAAAAGAUUCAGGGUUAUUGCAACAAGGCUGUGAUAUCACUGGUGGAAUGUAUUUAAAAGUACAAAAUGUUACUGCUCUUCUGCAAUAUUUGUUAUGGGUAUUUUUACCAGGAGCUCAAACAAGAAAGCAGAUGAUUCUACCAUCUAGAGUACAUGUUGAUUAUAGAGCAGCAUGUUUCUGUCAUAGGAAUCUAAUUGAAAUAGGCUAUGUAUGCUCUGUUUGUUUAUCCAUUUUUUGCACAUUCAGUCCAAUAUGUUCAACAUGUCAGACUGCUUUUAAACUUGGGCCAUUGCCUGCCAUCAUUGGAAAAAAGAAGAGGAAGCAAAUACCGUUACGUCAUUGACUGUCAUUUCCUUUAUUAAUACUGCCAAGUUGGUUAUUGUAUUCUUUUACAUUAAUUUUGGAUAAUAAAAUUACUAAAAUUUUCUAGA